AUGAUUAUUAAGCCAGGUCGAUAUCUAAUAUUUGUGUAUGGGACUCUUAAAACGGGUCAACCAAAUCAUUAUGUAAUAAAGGACCCUGAUAAUGGUGAGGCCGAUUUUGUGGGAUACGCCGAAACUGUUGAUAAAUGGCCCUUGGUUAUAGCAUCCCUAUACAAUGUGCCAUAUCUUUUACAUAAACCGCAUUUCGGAAAGAAAAUAACCGGGGAGAUUUGGUCGGUGGACAUAAAUAUGCGAAACAAAAUGGACGACCUGGAGUCACAUCCUAGGUUUUACAGGCGAUUUGAGAUACCGGUGCUUUUGGAU